CUUAUUGCCAUACAGGCUGUGGGACGUCAACCAUCUGAAGACGUAGAUAGUCACAUCCCUGCAAGAGAUCGUUCAGUGGAUAGCAUUCUGCAAGGUCUGCUAAUUGGGGAUCAGGUGUCCUCUGCACGAGGGGCUACAUUAAAUGAAGCACUUGAUAGGCCUGAACCGUCUGUGCCGAUUCAAGAAAUGGGUUACCCUAAUGAGGAGAUCCGCCAGUCACAUGAAGAGCCCCAGCAACUCCUCAGCCCAAAUGAACAAGUGGCAUGCACUUAUGCUGAGUAUCAAACCACAGCCACAAGUACACUACGGGCAAGCGAGAGGUAUCCCAGAGCAAGGCAAGCUUCGCCACCUGACAGUGACUUUGGAUACCCCAUUCAGGAGACCAGUGGUCAGCCUCAAAAGCAGAGUAUGCAGCCCCAAAACCCAGUGGAGCAUGCAUGCACGUGUCCUACGUGCCAGCCAUCUCCAUCUUUUCAGUGAAUUUAUUAAAGGAUGACAGUUGAAAUGUGUAAGGGUUAACUCUUAGAUAGCCAUUUUCAAUAUGGCCGAACCUAAAAUCAUUUUGCUUGAUGUAAACAUACGUCUUAAGAGUCGCAGACUAGAAACUGAAGUUAAGCAAACUGAACCACUUGUUAAACAAACAGAUCUUAACGUUCCUCUAGGUUUAUCGUCAUCAUCAUCAUCAUCAUCAUUAUCAUAAUCACAUUUUAAUCCGAUUAAUAUAUAAAGCUGGGUCAAUACAUCUGUUUGUAAGAGGGUUAUAUUUAGUUAACCAGUCAUUUAAUCCAUUACCUCUAGUCAGUAACUCUGGAAAAUUUUUGAAUAAGAUGUAAUUUACUUGAAGAACUCAAACAAUGCAGGAAACAGAUCUAGCUCUCUGUAGUUUGCUUUUUUACACUACUUAUUGGAAUUUUCGUCAAGCUAUAAGGUACUGUUACGAUGACCCUUUCGUAGAAAAGCUGGAUGAGUAGUAUUGUCACUGCACUAAAGUUGCCAGUAUCCAAGAAAUGACAAGAACAAACACAAACAUACAACUUUUGCGAAACCGACACACACUACUUUUCUUUACGGACAAGGUACAACCAAUUUUCUUGAAAAGUAUAAGGAUUGAGCAAAUUUUUGUAAUAAGAAAGAUAUAUACAGGGCAAGCGUUGCUAUUUGUAUUUAGUACAUAAGUAGGGUUUACGUUGCAAAGUAUUUUUUUAAGGUUCUUUUUUAUCUAUUGUAAAAAAUGUACAUUUAUGGGAGUUAUGAGUACAAUUUCAUUCUUGGUUGUGAUGUUGAGUAAAAAAUGUUAAUAAUAACUUUAAAAUCGAGCUUGUAAACUAUUUUUUAAAAGCUCCUUUUUUAUCCAUUGUAAAAAAUGUACAUUUAAUUAUGAGAGGUAUGAGUACAAUUUCAUUCUUGGUUGUGAUGUUGAAUAAAAACUGUUAAUAAUAACGAACAGGUUUCAGGGGCAGAGAAUUUUAUAGGCUCGAUACCAGCCGCUGUUCGGGAAAAUGAGCCCGCACUAAUCCCCCCGAAGGAGCGGGGGGAUCAAGACCGGACCCGGGAGACGGCGGAAAUCGAGCCUAAGAGUUUUGAGGAUUGUCAACUGAAAUAGCUAGUUUUCUAGGACUACUUGUCGAGAAAAUCUUGCUGGGAUAAACAGAUAAGUGAGUCUCUUAUACCUUGUCAGCACGAAUCCUCAUGUUUUCUUUUUCUUUUUUUCUUAAUUGUUUUCACACGAGUCGACCUUCCGUCCGCUAACCAAAACCUCAUCUUUCUAAAAACAGCUCUCCAGAAUUUUUUCGGACCCCGGCCUUGAUUCGUGUGGACGGAGGCUUAAACUCUUUUCGGUGCGCCGUAAAUCUUUCUUCACAUCAAACAUCAAUGUUUUAUUAUGCUAAUUGCAUUGUAUUCCUCGCCACAAAAGUAAACUCAAUGUUAAUAUUCAUGCAAUUUCUUUUAUUGUCCCGUUCGCAUACAUGAGAUCCAUAUUUGACUAACUUGUUGAAAGCGGUGAAGUAACUUAAAUUGAUUGUUUUAGCAACUUGAAGGUGAACGUAGAAACUUCCUUCGGGUUCAAGCGAGGAGGACCGGUGAGUAUUUAUCUUAGUUUUUUCUUCACCGAUACGUAGUUAAAGAGACCUUUAUAUCAUUUAUGAUUUGUUUUAAUUCAAUACGUUAGAUGAAAAGCGAUGUCCGAUUUUCAAAGUCAACCGUCUUCACUCGAUCGUACCGACGACGUGUGCCCUCGGGCAUUUUCAUCAGUACGUCGUGUAAAAGCCAAGAGUAGGCAAAAAACUAUAUUAGCUUUGCAUGUAAUGAACUUUUCCUUUCAGUUAAAACUGAAGAACGUAAACAAAACAAAUUGCUUUUCACAUUUACAACGGCUGUGUUUUAAUGAAAUUAUGCGUUGGACUUGAGAACAUUCGACGAUGCUGUGUACCCGGUAGAACUAUCCCGCCAAGCUUACAAGUUUUGAUUUUUUUAAAAAACUUCGAUCUUACUUUUAAGUAGUCAAAAAAUACUAAAAGAGGCGAUCAUAUUCAUUUUACAGGAAAAAAAGCUUUGAUACGACUGAGCUCGCUUGAGCUGGCUUUUUAAUACGCGUAUUACAUUGCGUUUCUUUAUGACAGUAAACGCCAGGAUAACAAACACAUCAUUCCAUCGAUCAGCUAGGAGUGCAAAAUAGUUUAAGGACGGAAAACGUCUCAAUGGUUUUACAUCGAAUUUUUUUUUACCACAAUUAUCCAUUCUCUGUCUUAAUUGACGACGAAAACAAACAUUUAAUCAUGAAUUAUUAAAAUCAAUAGAGUAUCAGAAAUGGUACUCUGGAUACCAGAGGCUGUUUCUCCGGAAACCGCAGAUGAAAAGCCUCUGGCAUAUGCAUUCAGGGUACAGAAAACGGGGACAGAGAAAUGUUUUAAAUUAAAUGUAACGAAAGAUAAAAAUAAUUAUACAAUGCCCUACCUCGGCCAUAGUAACGGAUGGACCAUUUGAAAAGUGAGCGGGGGGUGGGGGUGGGGGGAGAUUUUGAGAAAUGCAACAUGAGUUUUUUCCUCUCCUUGGGCAUAUAUUUUUUUGGCCAGAAUCCGUACGAAUAUAUUUUUUAUUAAUAAUUUCCUGAAGAAAUUUUUUUUGUUUUAAUUUUUGGAAUUUUUCCCCCCCCCACCCCUUUUCUAAUGGUCCAAUCACGCUUUUCUAAUGGUCUUCUGCCUUGUCACGUACUCCUUCAUGCUAUUCUUGUAACCACAGGCGUCAACGUAAAGUUGAAUGACACUGCAGCCUGUAAAAAAUUGGCAUUUGAGAAGUUGUUAAAAUACCACUUCACGAUUGCUAUUAAAAGUAUGAUAUUGCUAAUUGUUCUGACAGCAGUUUGUUGGAAAUCUUCCGCGUUAAAGCAGCAGUACUCAGUCACUGUUGUGCGGUUGGCAGGCCAUUAGACUGACCACCAGGCCAUAGCAAUCUUAUUUUCGCUGAAUUGGACGUAAGUAGUUUUCAGUUUAAGAGCUCGUUUUCUAGCUUAUCAUAUAUUAAGCGAACUCAUUCAGUCGGUGAAAGUUAUCAAACUCUCCAUUCCAGAAUCAUGAUGUAUAUGAUUGCAAUGUAUUAAACUAUCAUACCUGGCAUUUGGAUCAAUGUAUAAAAUAAAUGUAAUCGCUACCGGUCAGUGCCAAUUUUCGUUCAAAAUCCGGAUGUAUAAGAUAUAUUGUAGGUGUCAUCAAUUAGUUUACACCUUGUAAACCAGGCUUUUGACGGCACAUUAAUAAAAUCUUUAUUAUUAGUGGUUUGAAUGGAGAGGGCAUUGGAUGAGAUCUAUAUUAAGUGUUUGGGGUUAAUGAUAAAUGAACACUCCGCAAAAACCAUUAGCUUGUGCAACUUAGUGAUUGUCAUUUAAUUACAUUUAGAAAUACCGCAAUUUAGAGAAAAAAAUAUUUUGAUUGCUCUGUGAUGAGCCUUGAAAAGGCCGCAUUUACGAAUACUGUUAGACUAUCAAGGAGGUUCUUGAUAUCGGCCAUCGCAAAAUAAUUCAAUUAUUUCUUAAAUGGUAUACGGUGUCAUGUCAAACCUGGUAAUUUGAACAUACUGAGUGUCUCUUUAAAUAUAACCUGUGUAAUCCAUAUAUUGAGUCAAAGGGCAGAAUUGGAAAGUUUUCAGUCACGUGCCCUAUAAAACCGUACACCGCUAAUAAAAUCAUUCCGCAAAAAACAAAACAAAAACAAAAACAAACAAUUGCUGUUGAUAUGUCCUUGACAAAAAAAAGAAUAUUUCCCAAAAUAAUACUAAAAAUUGGAGGGAGACUGCAUUGACUUAAUUAUCGACUCUGUGAGACCUCUCCUGGCCAUCAACGUGCAAAGCCACCCUUUGCUACUGGUCUCGAAAUAUCCGCACUGUCACUAAAUGACCUGGUCUUAACACGAAAUAUCAGUGUAGACUUUGGACUUUAAGUCGGAGGGAGGGACUUAUUGGUCUUACCAAAGAUGAUGGUUUUAGGUCUCCUUAAAAGGAAAAAAAAAACUGUAAAGUGGAAAAGCUCAAGUACAACGGUUGGAAGUCAUGCAGCCGAGGAUCAAAAACGAAUCUGUAAUUCCAGCUGGUGAAUAAACCAUCCUGGAUCAAGUUUUACAGUCGUAUCGGAUUAAUACAGUUUAUCAUUUAUUAGUAAAUAAUAAUAAUAAUAAUAAUAAGCGGAAGGGAAGGGGGGAAGUUAAAGUGGGAGGGGGGGGGGCUUAUUAACUCUCUCCCCUUAAGAAAGAGAGGGCUUAUUAGAAAGGGGGGUUUAGUAGAGGAUUUACGCGGUAGUUCAAAACAUACUGUGCGAGACAAAAUAAAAUGUGAAUCAGUUAUAAUAAACUAAAUGAAAUCUUUUCGAUGUUAUUUUAUGUUGAAGUCGACGAUUCAAAUAGCUUGUUUACUCCAUUUUCUCCUUAGCUUCGUCCCUCCGCCCCCUGCCCCCCACUUUUUCAACACCAAUAAACUUUUACUUCAAAUUGUCGGGGCCUGUUGCUUUAAACUUUCAACAUAAAUGCUGAGCACUUAAUCUGUGUUUGAAUAUUUGUUUGUUGACUUUGUUUGCCUUCCAACUUAUCCUGAUUCUGUAGCUUUAAUAGUUUGUAAUGUGCAUUUGAUCAUUUGACAUAUGUUAAUUUGCGCAAUACCAAAUAAUAAAUAUUUUUUUUUUUUUCAGAUGAAAACGAUGUUUCCUUCGUUCAUGGCCUGGGUGUUUCUGUUACAAGGGAUCCACAGUACAUUCUCGGGUGAGUUAGUCAAAGUCAUUUGAUAAAUGUAUGGUUCAUCAUGUUCUGUAGACCUAUUAUUUUGAAUAUAUAUCUAAAAGCUAAGACACCCAUUUAACUUUUUUAACUACAGCGUUGCAAUUUUGGCGCGCUUAUGAGUAUGAGGUCAGUUAAGCGACCAUUCGAUCCAGUUAUUUGAAAGUUAAACCACACAAAAAAAUUGUAUGUUCUUGAAUACUUCUCCUAUCAACUGCUUAUAUUCGAAGCAGUCGUAUCACUUAUUCCAAUAACCAACAUGGCAUUUGUUGGAAUAUAUACCAGAAUAAUGUACAACUCCUUUUAUAUUGUCAGGAAAACCACCUGUUAUAACCAAGUUUUUAGCUGAUGACUUGAAUCAGCCUGGAGAUGUGACGUCAAAGAGUGGGUUCCAGCUUCCUUGCGAGGCAUCUGGUACAAGACCUUUACACUACAAAUGGCAGCUGAAUGGAGCCAAUAUUAAAUACGGAGGGGCUUAUCGCCUUUUGCCUUCGGGCACACUUGUGGGACAAUCCCUUAAUCAGAGAAACAGCGGGGAAUACCAGUGCUUUGUAAAAAAUAAUUAUGGCAUGGAUUUCAGCAGAAAACUGCAGGUCAAUGUGUCAGGUACUAUACGCUCAAUUAUAUACCUGAUGUCCUCAGUGUCUCAUUCGUCAGGGACAAGUUGUUAAACCUUGUCCUAAAAAAUACAACAGAAUAAACGCCACUUUGGAAUGAAUUCCCCUAUACUUCGCAUAAAUAUAGAUACAACCACGAUUAAGAACUCCCCCGAGGAUAUGGCCACUCCGCAAAUCCUUCUCCUUUCGUCCGUUUUCAGUAUCGUUUAUUAUUAUUAUUAAUAUCAUUAUCAGUAUUAUCAAUAUCAUUGCCAUCAUUAUCAUUAUCAUUGCCAUCAUCAUCUGCACCAACAUCAUCAACAUUGUUGUCAUCAUCAUUGUAAUCGUCAUUGUAACUAUAACCGUUUUAAUCCCUCGCAAAUUUAACUACUUUUCCAUGCUGUCGUGUAUAUAAAGUUAAUUUAGCAACAUAGAAACUAGACUAAAAAUUUUCAAUAAUUAGUACCACAUUUCAGUGGGAACAUUAACUAUAAUCUGCAUCACUGACAAAUCUUCUUUUUGAUGAAUUAUAGCUAUAGUAAUCUAAGCUAUUCUUCUAAUCUAAGCUACGCUUCUUGUUGUUUCAGUCCCAGGGGGAUUUUAUUUCGAAGAUCAUAAAGUUGCUCCCGUCACUCUUGGAAAACCCGUUGAAGUCCCCUGUCCACGACACAAGCCCAGUUUUGGCGUGACAUAUCGAUGGGGUGGUAUCGAUCCCUCAAACCCCGAAGUAUUCAAUGCCUUAUCUGAAGACGAGCGAAUUGCGGUGACGCUUGAAGGAACCUUGGUGAUAAUGUUUGUAACAUUACACGACGUGGAGAAAGUUAGAAAGACAAAGGGAAUUGUCUGUGAGAUGGCCACUGUUGAAAAUAAGACUUACUCACAUGAGGUCAAUUUCCGGUUACACGGUCUAGGUAGGGUGAAUUACCUCGUACUCACACACACAUAACAUAGUAAAGUGUCACCGAACAUUUGUUUUUCGUAAAAUUUGAUGUUUUCUUUUUUCUGGUCUUCAAGUAAUUUUAAAUUAGGAAUAAUAAUUAUAUAUAGAUAUCUAUAAUUUUGCAUCCUACACCAGAAGUCAUAGAGAAACAGAAGGAUAAGAAAGAAGUACAAGGAAAAGGAGGUCGAACUUUUUCUUUCGCCGUUCAUCACACCCAAUCUCCUGUGCCCACACACUACCUUCUGCACAUUCAGCGUUUUUUGCAUGAUUAAACUGUUUUUGAUCUCUCAGCUCUUUAAAUCUUCUUUUUAUCUCAUCAUAUUUUUCUAAUUUUUAAUUUUAUUUUCCCUACUUGUUUUUUUGUUGUUGUUGUUGUUGUUUUUUCUUUUUUUCAUUUUUGUAGAGUUCAUAGGAAACCGAGGACCGAAAAUAUACUUCUCACCAGACCUAAAAGAGCAAGCUAUCGAAGGUUCUGAAAAGAUGCUGUACUGUCUUGCUGGAGCAAAGUAAGAUUACGAUCGAUAUACUGCUCUUUAAGUUCAUUAAAACUAACGUCACAUAUCUCUCAAGACAUCUUGCGAUUUUCUGAUAGUUGUUGUUGAUUUUUUCCCGUGUGACAGACCUCCACCAAUCAUAACAUGGACAAAAGAUGGUGAAGAGAUUAAAGAUGAUCAGGAAGACUUUCUUUUGCCCUCAGAACAUUUCGGUAGGCUUUUGAUAAUUCCCCAGGUAGAGGAAGAGCAUCAGGGAACAUACACAUGUACUGCUUCAUCUACUGACGGUAGUUUCAAUCACGCGUCCAAGGCAACCUUUUUGACCGUGCAAGGUUUGUUUGCUGCCUUUUUUAUAAUUAAAAGAUUUUAUGAAAAGACUUAACUGAAUUUCAGGUUUUGAGAUGAAAACAGUGUUAGAAUUAAGACGUUUAUGCGCCUAAGUGUUUUAAAUUUCAACUUCUUACUGUCAUUCAGGGUGCACAGAUUUCGCCCUUUUUUGGCUCGUUAAGAACUGUCCUCAGCAUUACAAUAAAUACAAUAUAAUGAUAAUCGUAAUCCAGAUUAUAGUCAUAAUAAUCAUAACAAUAAUUAACAAUUAUUCCACUAGUGCAAGUUGGAUGUGAGAUGAUAGGUAGAUCUCAUAUCCACAAAAUAUCGAGAAUUCUUCCCGACUUUAUUUGUAAAAACAACCGAUUUUCAGCUUGUUAUUAAUUUUGUGCAGACGCGUACAGUUACCAUAUUUGGAGAACAUGGUUUACCAUGAUGGCUAAACCAAGCAGAUCUCUGGAAUUGCAUUAUCCGAUGAUUCAGUUUUUAAUAAUAAUAAAUAAAAUGCACACUUACUUACGACGUCGUAAACACGAAAGUGUCGUCUAAGAGCCACAUCGUAAUUAAAUUAUAUAAAGUGGCAGAAGUGCACCCUACAACUACAACAAAAAAUAGUUCUUAUAAAUACUGCGCUCCUGCCCUUUGUAGUAUUUCCAAUAUUAGGAAAGGCUUGGCGUUUCAUGUAUUUCCGAAGGAUCCUUGCGGAAGGUUUGUUUCUCCACUGUCUACUUUCCAACGCAUGCUCCUUCACUAUAACUGCUUCAGCGGGAAUAUCCUUUGGGGUAAAUGUUUAAUCUCUAGAUCACUAGAUCGUUCCUGUUUUCGCCGCCCUAUUUACCCUUUUUGAAGGUUGCGGCAAAUCUUGUUGCCUCUUGAGCCUCGCUUUUAUGCUUACGUCGUGAGUGUAUAAUAAUAAUAGGCUUGUUGCUCACUGUCUUGGUUGUAAAAUACUUUAGUUUAGACUCUCGUGCUGUUGUCAAAAAUGCAUUGAUACUCAUCUGCCUAAAAAGGUCAGGGGAGAAUUGAAAUCAGCCUCGGGGAAAAUACAUUAAUUGCAGGAGUAACAUGAAAAACCAUGGGACAUGUUUUGAAGCUUUUCAAAAAACUCAAGGGACGCUUUUCAUUGAAUUCAUAAGUUCAACGCGAAAUACUAUUUUGUGUUUUAAACCAAAUAUAACUAAAACACUAAUCUAAUUUUCGUUAUACGUAAUUUUUUCAGCUUCACCAAAGUGGGAAAAACCACUCCCUUCAAAAACGUUGGUAGAGACAACAAAGUCAAACGUUUUGACGUGCGUGGCCAAAGCAAAACCUAACCCGCAGUACCACUGGUUCAGGAAUGGACAAAAGAUAAAUGUGUCAGAGUAAGGCUAAAAUAUAUUAGCCUACUUGUAGCCGCACCCGAUCCCCGCUACACGUAGGCUAAAAUAUAUUGGCUUGUUCUUUUUUGAUUUAACGGCUUUUACAGGAUUAUACCAACAUCAAUAAACUUUGCUUUGUUCAAUUUAAAGUACGACCUGCCCUGUAUUUAUGCAUAAUGUUCAACUUUAAAUUGAGACAAUCCAUGCAUCAUUUACAUUAACUAAGUGCAAUUCCCAAUUUCAAGUCUCUUCGUCUCUCAAAGGACUGCAUUAGGUUAUACCAUCCUGUCUAUGCUGGCCUUUUUUUGGUCCAUGUUCCAGUAUGCACUUCACCUAGUUCAUAUACAGCUUACAAUUUCUCCCCUCUCCUCACAACCCCCCUUUCUCAGUCCUUUUAUAUCGCUUGAUGAAUGAAUGAAUGAAUGAAUGAAAACUUUAUCACGUGUCAAAGUAUUUAGCUCAACAGCUAAUGGGGCCUUGAAGUCUUUUUAUCACUAAAAUUAUCAAUUAAACCUACUACGUACACAAUUACUUUUUUCAGUCGGAUCACGAAGUAUCUCAGUCCAAGUCUUUUACAGAGUGUCUCCCAUAUAGAACAGUUCCGAAUUUAGGUAGUUCCAAAUCAUGGUUCCUACUGCGUGUUCUUUGCACUGAAUAACUUAGAGCUGUAAAUAGGCGCAAGACCAUGCUUUACUUUAUAAUAAUAUUAUUGCUUAUAGCGCGCAAAUUAAAAUUCGAAUAUGAUCAAAUGCGCGAUCAAAGGCUACGCCCUGCAAAUGUCUGUACGUUAUAUAGUAGGCUGAUUUAGCCACAGAAUGGGAACGUCAGUUGACGACUGCGCGGGCAAAUCAAACAACUUGCUUGACCAAAGGCAGAGCCGCAAAUUGCGCACCGGAAGUCGAGUUUAGUCCUUUUCGCGCGCUUUCCCGUCGUCAAAUGACGUUCUCGUUCUGUUGGUAAAUCAGCCUAGUAUCGGUAGUCGGGCGCGGUCAAGUGGUUCUUGAUAAGAGCUGACCUGUUGUUAUAUACUGCUCUCGGCCUCUCUUCUGUGAUUUAAGCUUCAAUAUUUUUCAUUGUUUAUUUUUGCAGCUCAAAAUUAAGAGUAAAAGGUAACGUUCUUGAGCUCACAAACAUAGAAACCUGGCAUGAUGCAAUUUAUCAGUGUGUAGCUGAAAACAGCCUGGGAAUGAAUGUAACUUCCACCUGGGUUAAUGUUCAAGGUAGGUCUAAGCAGGACCACACAAUCCGCAGCUGGUAGGGUAGCGCAUUCAUGGUUCAGUGAUUUAUAUUCAUUUUCAUUGUCACAGUUCUGGUCACAGGCUCUAGAACGGAGAGUUCCGGACUUAAACUGUGGGUGAUUCUUUGUGCAGUCUUUGGUGUAGCGUUGAUUGCCUUUUUAGUUGUCAUUCUGAUCUGCUACAAGAGAAAGAAGGCAAGAGGGGAUAGAGGUUAGUUUUUAUUUCAAUCAUGACUUAGCAUUAACUUGCAUCUAAAAGAGUACAUACAAUGUAAAAAAAAAAUUAGCGACGUGUGAUUGGCCGUUACUCAAAAUCAAUUAUAUUUUAGACACCCGCGGGGAAUAUCUAAAAUGUUUUUCUCCGUUUUGUCCAAGGGCUACUGCCACCGGUUAAACCCUACGAGGCAGGUUUUUCAUUUCCAUUCAUUUUCCGAAACGAAUACUGGCAUCCAAGUGGCGGUGCGUGCUCCUGUUCAAUAAUAUGUUACAGGUGACAUCAAAAUGAGGAAAUAAAAUAAAAAUGGUUUAAAUGUUGCUUUUUAAACUUCAUAUCACAAUGAUAUAUGACUUGAAAUUUAUAUAAAAUGACUAAUCGUUAAAACAGCACUACAGUUAUUGCAUGAAGUACAAGUCAUUAAUUCUCAGUAAGCGAACUUUGACUGAACUCAUAGUUACAGAACAUUUGGACUGAUAAUUCCAUUAUAUGAGAACUUUUUAGAUAUAAACGUCCUUCCAUAUAUGCAGUUUUGAACUCCCAGAUUAAUAUACAUUGAAUAAAAUCCCUCAGUAAUUAUCAUCUUGUGUUACAGAAAGGCAAAGAGUCAGGAUGCAGACAUCUUCAUACAACGAUGCAUCAAACGAACUCAACGGCAGUGUAUCAACCGUUCAUACGCCCUCAGGGCUCCUUGGAGAAAACGGAGCACAAAGACCGUCUAGGCCUCUGCCACGUCCUCAGUACCAAACCCUUGAUCCAUCAACGAUAGGAGUCGCUUGUUACGAGCCGAUUGACCCACAAAAAGAUUACAACGAUAGUGAAUUAUACGAGAAACUGGAUUUCCGAACAAUGGAUACUCCCCAGAAUUAUGGCCAGCCUGCUUAUGCAAAACCUAUCCCAGAAUAUCUUGAGCUAGUGAGCGAUACAAAUUCACCUCAGGUAAAGAAUGCAUCGAAUGGGACAUCAUUAAAAUCCGGGAAACAAUAUUAUGAGUCAAUGGAAGGUGGAUUAAACCAGGAACAUGGUGACAAAUUUCACGGUCAAUAUUCAGACCAAAACUAUGAACCGAUGGCAGGUGCUAUUAAGCCUGAUUCACCCAAGUAUUAUGAGCCUAUGAGCUCAGGAAUGGAUAAGGCAAACACCUCUCCCGAUUCACCAAAAUAUUACGAGCCGAUGACGAUUAAUAAAAUAGAUGACCCUUUUGUCAAAUCAAAGGGCUCAUCCUCAUCUGCUAAUUAUCACCAGCCAAUGGCUGAAAACAACGUGAAUCAAACGACAGUGGCCUCAACACCACACGAUUACUAUGUUCCUAUGUCAAAAAAUAGCCUAACAUCAUCUUCUGAGUAUAGUAAAAAUACGGACGUCAAUGAUUCCUCCAGCAAGUUGUAA